AUGUCAGCCUCUGUAAUUGAAUCUUGGGCAGACGCUGGAGAUGAAUUUCCUGCUCCAGAAAUUACGUCAAAUCCAGAUGGAACGAAGACUGUGAUAAGUUAUAGACUGAAUGCAGAAGGCAAAAAGGUAAAAGUGACCCAAAGAAUCAAAGAAGUGACGGUGGUUGAGAAAGUUCAUCCUUUGAUUGCACAGAGGAAGAAUUGGAAAAAAUAUGGAAAAGAGAAGAACACCCCUCCAGGACCAGAUACAAGGACUACUCAGUUGGGUGAAAAGGUUGAAUUGAAAUUAGGUACAUCAUGGAAAGAAAUCGAGAAAGAAGAAGAGGAGACCAAAGCUCAAGAACAAGCACAAGUUAUCUCAAGCCAGAGGAUCAAAUGUAGAACAUGUGGAGGUGAUCAUUUUACUUCGAAAUGUCCAUUUAAGGACACUUUUAUCAGUGAUUCUACUAACCCAUCAGCUGCUAAUACACCAGAACCAACAGAUGCAGGUGCAACUGUUGCAGGUAAAUACGUUCCAAGACACUUGAGAAAGGACGCUAAUGGUAAUCUUCCACCUAAAGAUGCUCUCAGAGAUAGAGACGAUUCUAAUACUUUGAGAGUAUCUCAAUUAAACAGCUAUGUGGACGAAGACAUGUUGGCCAACGAACUUUUGGCCAAAUAUGUGUUACAAAGAGUCACCGUGGUCAGAAAUAGAGAGACAGGGGAGUCAAGAGGAUUUGCAUAUGUCACCUUCGCUACAGAGAGUAUGGCGGAACACGCAUUGAAUACCUUGAAUGGUAAAGGUUACCACUCUUUAAUCUUACACCUCGAAUGGUCUAAGAGAAAGAAGCCCGCCGCUUGA